ACCUGCCUCAUGCUGAUGAUCCCUCAAGGUCUAUCAAUAAUUACCACCGCAGGCUUCCCUCAAGGACUUUAAACACUAUCGAAGUGGAAAGAAGCUGUUGCACAAUCAACCGCUCAGAGGGAAAAGUGCUGUCGUCUGGUGAAGAGGCACAGCUGGCAGAGAAGGCCCCUUUCUACUCCCAUUCCGCCACUCGUUACCCCAGGACUUUCAGUUUGAACCGAAAACGCACAAUGGCGGCUAAAGGCAGAGUUGUUUCAGUCGUUUGCAGCGACCUCUGCGACUCUUCCGAAUCCGAGUCGGAACACGUUAGGACACCUGCCAGCGGGCCGUCUUACGGGCCUCUCAACUACACGCAGGUCAUUCACAGCGGCCACUUUAUGGUGUCCUCACCCCACAGCGACGCAUUGCCAGGCGGCUUGAGAGGCGGAAGGUGUCCGCGGUACGACUUCGAUACGGUAAAUCGGACCUGGUGCCAGACGUACCGUUAUGGGCCGCUCAGCUCUGGCAGCCUGAGCAUCGACCCUACUCUCACGCGCCUUUUUGAGUGCAUGACCCUGGCCUACAGCGGCAAGAUUGUGUCCCCAAAGUGGAAGUCUUUUAAGGGACUGCGCUUACUGUGGAGGGAUAAGAUCCGUCUAAACAAUGCAAUUUGGAGAGCAUGGUUCAUCCAGUAUGUGGAAAAGAGGAAAAAUCCUGUAUGUGGCUUUGUCACGCCUUUGGAAGGAUCUGAGGCAGAUGCCCACAGAAAGCCAGAAGCCAUUGUAUUAGAGGGAAGCUAUUGGAAACGACGGAUUGAAGUGGUCAUCAAGGAGUAUCACAAGUGGAGGAUAUAUUAUAAGAAGAGACUCCAGAAAGAGAAGGAACGUAUCAUGUCAAUGCUGCAAGAGGGUCAAUUCUGCCAGGCAAAGUUGGAGAAAUGGUCCAAUCAGAUGUAUCGAGAGCCUGAGGCAACACCAGAGGAGGCACACAUGUUUGACCUGGAAUACCUUCUGUCGGACAUCUCUGACACCCUGUUCACAAUGACACAGAAGCAGAGCCCUUGGGCCAGCGAGCGACAUAACACAUACACUACAAAUGCUGAUAUGAUUCAACCUGGCCUAACGCCUCUGCAGCCCAACUUGGAUGAUUUCAUGGAUAUACCAGAUAUAUUUUUGAACUCGGGGGUCCAGCCAUGUGACCAGACAAGUUUUGCAGAUUCCGGUCAUUUUGAAAGUUCAUCCAACAUCGCACUUGCCCAUUUUCCACCUGUGCACGCAGCUCCUCAACUACUCAUUGACACCCACCUCUCUGAGGCUGGUUUGUCAUCUGAAAAUUUGCCUCAGCCGUCAUCAUCGAAUACUCAAGCAGAUGGUACAAGACUAAACCAGAAUGUGGGCGAAUACCACUCAGCCACUUUGCCAUACGGAGCUCCGUCAUACUCUGAUCCUGCUUUGAAUGCACUGUUACCCCCCAACGUUGAGCAAGUCUUUUCUACCGCUGUGCCAUUUUUUUACCCCCUUCCAUGUCACAAUUUCAGCUACCACACACCCACAACCGCCAGCGUGACCCCUACUGUCAUUACACACACUGCUUCCACAGUGGUGAAUAUGCAACAGGCUUACAGCUACCCUCACACGGGGGUCACAUACGACCAACCUCUGUGCCACUCUCUCAGCUAUUCGGCGUUUACUUGUACGUCGGGGCCAGAUCGCACAGCCCAGCCGCUUGGAAGCGCAUCGCACUGCUUUGCAGUUCCCGAAGUGUCUACUACACAAGUAAGAGGGAAGCACAAGCAAAAGAGAGGCGGAGUGAGAACAUUUGGUCCACCUGUGGAUCUGUCUUACACUAUGCCCACUGCUCCCACCAGCUGCCUGGCUAAGCUGCUCUCCACAGGUGCACCUGAGCGGAAGCCGUCGGUGGGUUUUGAAAGCACACGUGUGACGUUCAAAGGUCGAAAAUCGACAUCUCCCAGUGCGACGCAGGCUUCAUCGCAAGUGCAGCAAGGAGACAGCUGGCAUGGAGCACUACCAGUAUUGCACAACCAGAGUUCAGCCCAGGGUCACAGUCGAACCUCCAAAGGCUCAACAGUGUCUUCCCUAAUCAUUGAUGACACAACAUACACGAGCACAGCACCUCUCACCCCCAAGACUGAAAAACUGUCCCCUGUCCAUUUUUAUGGUACAGACAGAAGCAGUUUAGCAGAAAAAUCCCCUAAUCCAGAUUUGCCAUAUUCAGGCUCACUUGGGUAUGGAAUGAUGGAAUCAAGCAAGCAAACGGAGACCAGACGGAUAACCCACAUCUCGGCUGAACAGAAGAGGCGUUUCAACAUCAAACUAGGAUUUGACACUUUGCAUAACCUCGUAGCAACACUCAGCUCUCAACCAAGCGUCAAGAUCAGCAAAGCGACUACAUUGCAGAAGACCGCCGAGUACAUCAGUAAGAUGCAACAGGAAAGGGCUCUGCUGCACGAGGAGGCUCAGAGACUCCAAAAUGAGAUUCAGCUCCUGAACACUGCCAUCAAUACGUGCCAACAGCAGCUACCUGCAACAGGCGUUCCCAUCACACGACAGCGAUUUGACCACAUGAGGCAAAAAUUCCGAGAGUACGUCCAGGCACAGACUCUGCAAAACUGGAAGUUUUGGAUAUUCAGCAUCAUCAUCGAGCCACUGUUUGAGUCCUAUAAUGGAAUGGUGUCUACUGCAAGUGUGGAACAACUAUGCCAAUCCACGUUAUCCUGGUUGGACCAGCACUGCUCACUGCUUUCUCUAAGACCUAUGGUCCUUAGUUCACUCCGUCUCCUGAGCACCACGACGUCCAUUCUAACUGACCCGAGCCUGCUGCCUGAGCAGGCCAACCUCGCCGUCACCCAGGGUGACCCCCCUGCCACCUCGGACCACUCCAUACAGCACCCCGCUCAAGACAAUUUACAGUUACAUGAUAUGUGACUGAAAACAAAGACAAUUUAUUAGUGAGUUUUUAGAUUCUUUUUCAUGUGUCAAUUCCUUCAAAUAGAACUCACUGGCUGCUAAAAGAAUGUAUGCUUCCCUCUAAAAGGCACCCACAUAAUUGCUUUUAUGUAACAUACGAUACGCGUUACAGAUUUUUUGUUAUUGUUGUGUGUUUAACACUUUGAAAGUGUGAAUUUGCAUUUUACUCCAAAUAAGUAUUAAAAGUUGAAUGUUUACUGCAUUAAGUUAUGAAUUCCACUCUAAUAUGACGAACCACAAGGUUCAUUUCCUCAAAAAUGUGUGUUUUGGGUACAGUCCACAUGGUUGUUAUGAUUUCCCCUCAAAGGGCUUUUAUACCUUUAGAAGCCAUAUAGUAUAAGUACAAUAUAAUCAACCCAUGCUACACAAAUACAGUUGCUACCGUGAAUUAUUAUAUGCUGUUUGCUGUAUUUUUUUAAAGCGCAAAUUGAAUUUAAGUCAUGAAAAAUAUGGCCAACUAAUAUUUUAUACACUGUAACAUUUCCUAUAUGUUAAAAAGUAAGUGUGAAAUAAAUUCAAGUGAAAAUAUGUAUUUUCUUUAUCUGGGCUCAUAAAAUGUCGUGUGCUAAUUUUGCAUCUGGGCCUUGAGUUUAAAACUGACUAUAAAAUGUCCACUGGGUGAUAUUUUGUCAGAGCUGUGAACUGUACUCACGCUUUGUACUUAAGUAGAAAUAUAAGUACUUUUGUAGGAAUAUUACAUAAGCUUAAAAAGUAUGGAUUCAACUCCUGUCCUUGGGGUAAAAAGUUGAAGAAUAAAAAAGAACAUAUGAAGUUGAAGAGGGUUGGUUAACAUUCCAACCAUUGAACUCAUUGGCUGCCAUUGAUUACGGUAAUCGUCCAAUCAAUUUGACUGGGAAAGGGCGAAUGAACAUUUGUUCACCCCCCAUCCCCCUGUCAAAAAGGAUUGGACGUUUUACGCUGUCAAAGGCACUAAAUUAUCCGUUCCUCCCAGUGGAUUGAAUUGAUGUCUGUGGCAGGCAAUGUGUUGCGUACGAUGAGAUUUAUUUAAAAAAAUAUAUUGUUACUGAGGGAUAUAACCAGAGUACAUUUAAUUAACAUUAUAUUAAUUCAUAUUUGUAUUUACUCAUAAACAAUAUAGUAUGUGUUACAUAUCCAAUAUACUGACAUUCACAUGUAUGCGUCACUUUUUGGGUCAAAUACUUGUAUUCCAAAUAUUAAUAUUGUGACCCAAAAAGUAAUC